CCGGCGUUCCGCCCGUGCCGCGGGUCUAGGGCCAGUGCUCCGUCGCCGUUCCGCCGCACCGGAUCCAUCGUCGAGCAUCGAGACCGGAUCGCUGUGCCGUCCGGAGUUCCCCGGACUUGGACGUCGCGACGCACGGGGUCGACAAACCGGCCGAAACAACCUGCUGCUCCGCAAGUCUGGUACGGAUUCUCGCACUGGAUUUGGGUUAAUUGUGCCUGGGGCUGAGGCACGUACGUUGUAACAAAUCCUCAUCGUUCAGUUUUAUUUCAACGGCUGGCAAAUUUUCAAACAAUUCGAGUACGGAGAGUGGAAAAAGAAGAAGAGCGUGGUUGAAGAGGAGUCGGUCUGUGGUGAGGGUGUGAUGCCAUCAGUUGCAUGUGCGGUAACAGUAGUGCGACCCGUGGCCCGCUGUUGACCAAGAGGUAUGGGCUGGCUGCUGACCGUUGUACUCUUGCUGGCCCUCAUCGUGCUCAUGGCUACAGGGCUGCCAUCGCCUCAGGGGGCGCACGGCCAACCGCAGGCGGGCGUCGCCCAGUCGACGCCGAGCCCUGUCGCACCUUUCCCGAUGGGCGGAGUCGUUGGUGGUGUGCGCAGAACUCUGUCCGGAUGGCGCGAGUGGCGACGCGCAGACCCUACCCUAAUCAACAGCUUGUGGCGCAGCAAAAUGGGCAACGGCAUCAGAAAGCAACUAGGCAAUGCGGAAGUUUAUAUAAUGCUGGCUCUGCUGAUCGGUUUGGUGACCGUGGUGAUCGGUUGUUGGCUCUCAGACAAUUGCUGGUCGCCGGAACCGGAGGGCCAAAUCGUGACGGUGGCCUGACCCAAACUGAAACCGCCUCUCGGCUUGGCGGCGCCCAUCAGCGUGGUCAGCGUUUCCCCCAACUCCUCCCAAUCGUCCGACAGUCCGGAAAGCGACUGGCCUUUGGUUGAGGUUUCGGACAGAGAUUCGUUGAACAUCUGACAUCACGCCUUGUGCGAGAAGAACGGCACAAACUUGGAUAAAAAUGAGGACUGCGAGGUGCACAAACCGGUGGUGGAGAACGGCCACGUAUGCCACAUUCUGAUUGACGACUCGUGCGAGCUGCACAACACCGAAAAAGGUGCCGAAAGCUGAACUGCUCGAACUGUUCCCAGUGAUACGAUAUUGUUGGAGACCUUAUAUCCGUAGGUGAAAUGUAAAUAUAGAGUACAUGAUGUUUAUAUUAAGAUGCUAUCGAUUACUACAAGACUGGAUAUGAAAACAAGGAUUUGUGUAUCAAAUAUGUAACGAUUUGCUGCAGAUUUCACCACCGGUUGUUUCAGUUCUUCCAAUCUCUAUCGUGGGGGCCAAAAUUUGCCGAGUCUACGAACGCCGAAUCGUGGUGACGUUUGUUGCAGAUUCUCACCCUUUUUGAAGAAUACAUGUAAAUUACUCUAGAUAAAAAACAAUGUUAUGUCAAUUAGUAGGUAUUGCUAUGUCUAAACUGAACUGACUUGACUUUUGGUUGACCAGAUCUGCUUUCUUCUAGAUCUUCACGUUUAUUACUAGAUCAAAGAUUAACCUUUUAUACCCCGUGAAUAUUUUAUAUAAAUAAUACCAUGUCGCUUAGGUAGGAAUUUUAUAACACUGGUAUACUCCUAACAUUUAUCUAGUAUAAGACCACAGGAUUAGCAAAAUAUCCCUUUAACUGGAUUUUUGGUGAUCCAGUGGAAUAACGGCUCCCACACAUGCAGUAAUCUUGGUGUUGGUAACUUAUUAGACCUCAUCAUAUCAUAUGCCUGCCUUUUCUGUGCUGUGCCUCACUAUCCUUAGAACUUAGAUCAAACAAACUUAAACAACAACCCCGUUCAAACCGAACUAUGUUUAUUUGAACGGUGGGUCUAAUAAAAACAAACAAUUAAACGAGAUUAUAACUAGACACAUUAAUUCUGAUUUCUUAUCCAAUCCCGGUGAUAUACAGGACGGUUCUAAUAAUAAUAUAAUACGAAUCUACUAACAUUAAUUAUUCUGGAGAUCGUCUUGUAUAAAUUAAGUAAAUGUUGAAUGUUGCAUAUGGCUAUAUUUAACCCAGAAAUUACUGUAAUACGCUUGUUUUAUAUUAAUUGUUGAUAAUACUUUAUCGAAUGUUGAAGUUAAGUUUGUGAUGUCUACUAUAGAAAAAUUAAAAUUACGUUGAACCUUUAAAUUUGUAAAUAAUAUAUUAAAAAGACUGAUAUUAAUAAAUAAUUAAAGCGAUCGCCUCGUUGAAAUUAAACACUUGGCGUUAAAUUUCGACUAAACUAAAAACAACUAAAUUAAAUAACAAUUCUUCCACUGUAAUAAGAAAAGUAGGUACGGCCUAAUACUCUUAACAAACUUUAGAUUGCUUUGUAUUAUUCUUACUGUUUGAACCUUAGUAAAUCGUAAGAUUCGGUAUAAAUAUUGCUCAAUGUACAAAACCUAGACUAAACCUAAUACAACCUAAUACUCAUAGAAUAAACCGCAUUCAAAAGCAGAACAGUCAUUUAUAAUUUGGCUUAACAGUUUUUCGGUUUGGUGAAUGUUACGCAUAAAAUAGGGGAACAAUAUUGAUGUACAUUGGAUUUUUGACGCAUCUUUUUAGGGGAUUUGUGGCUGGAAAGAUCGACGAAAAUCCGAAAACGAUUACUUAUAGCUGUUUUAAAUGUAACAGUAAUACGCAACGAUAUUUGUACUAAAAUUAUACUCGUAACAAUA